AUGGCUGCCACAGAAGCUGCACCGCAUUUCAGCAUGAACGAGAUGAGCGCUUUCCGCGCAGAGGAUUUUGAAACCGCAUCGAUUCGCUCUGCGGCCCCUUCCUACAUCUCCGAAGCACCGUCUUAUCACUCCCAAGCCACCACCAACAACGAGCCAAUCCCGCCGUAUUCGCCCCCGGCUCCCUCCUCCUCCUCCUCCGGCGCCGCCCAGCACACCCGUACCAGCUCGUCGGCGGCGGCGACGCUGCUCCUCCCCACCAGCUACGACUUCGCGCCCUCGCCCGGCCUGCCCCCCAUCCCGCCGCCCGCCCCCCGGCGCCCCGAGCUGCCCAGCCUCGGCGGCUUCCGCAUCCCCUCGUGGAGCACCGUGACCAGCAACCCGACGGCGCGCCACUACCACAACGUCGCCAGCCGCCGCGUCAACCAGACCAAGCACCUCGAGGGCAUCAAGCGCAUGGUGCUGGAGCGCGUCGAGGAGGAGGAGCGCAACCGCGUCCGCCCGCUCGAGGACCCCUAUCUCGUCGGCGAGGAGGCCGCCUCGCGGGCCAGGCGGGAGAGGCUGGCGCGCGAGAACGGGGACGAGAUCCUGUAUAGGGAGGACAGGCGGUGGGAUUUCUUCCUUGGCCAGAUGAAAGACUGGGACGAGCGUGAGCGCGACCGCGGCUGGAAGGCGCCGUUCCGCCGCGAGGCAGAGACGGCGACGCGCGGGAGGCUCGCCCGGCGCAUCACGGGGCGGUCCUGA